AUGCCUUCAGUUACAGACCGGAGAGUGUACGAGGAUCAAAUACCGCCUUUCAUGACAGUAUUUGACCUGGAUGCCGAGACUAUGGCUGAUCAAGAUACUGUCACACUCAUGGACACCAAGUUUGUCGAUAUGGACACCAAGCGACCUGGUAUGAUGGGCGCCUCUCACCAACAUGGCCUUGCACCAAGCAUGAUGCCAGUCGACCCAAUUCACAAGCACCAUGAUAGCACAUCAACACAAACCUCAGAGUCGGCCGACUCGUCACCUACCACAACGCUAUCUACAACCGACUCUUCGCCUCUGUCAGAUGCGUCUCCUUCCUCUUCUCCUGAUUCUCCCAUGAAUCUUAUCCCGCUCAACAACUUCCCUGCCACCAGCUUCGGCACCCUUGGCGUCAACAACAUGAGCAUGAACUACAACACCAACAGCAGUACCAUGUUAAGCGAACCGCCUCGGUUACAGCGACCCAUGACAUCGCCCUCGCCACGGCGUGGACGCAACAUGAAGGGUCUGUCUAUUCAACCCCCCUUCGCUGUUUCGACCGCCACAACAAACAUUUCCUUGGUUUCUGAGCCAGCCUCUCCAUCAUUCAUCAAGCCUACGAUCCCGGCCAUGAGGAGAAAGCCCAGCCAGUUGAGUCUCAACACCAACACUUCUGAUCUGAACCACAAGACUACUCUAGAGGUCCCGCCGUCUCCAGCCAUGCCUAUGCUCCAGCGCCGAGCUCUGAAACACUCGUGCUCAUCGCCUCACAUGUCCUCUGGUCUCAAGUCGGCAACAUUUGGCCCACCAGGUGGCAUGACCUUUCCCAAGGUACUGGAACGAAAUGAAUCCGGACUCUCAGAGGUGCUGCGUCCAUCCAAGUCGACUCUCAAGCCAACAACCAUCCAUUCCGCCAUUACGGAAGAGGACUCACCGAUUCGCACUCAAAUGGCCUUUCGGGAUGAUGAUCCUUACCGUGACAAUGAGAACAACGAGGACAUGAAGACUCCUGGAUACCCUGACGGACCAAUUGCUAUCUAUGAGGACAAUAUCUUCCUCUACUCGGAACCUACUGCAGACGAGGCAGCACGCUUUGAUGUAGUCAUUAACUGCGCCAGGGAGGUCAGCAACCCGUUUGAAAUCAGCAGGGCCAAGCAACGCCCUAUGUCUAUCGCCGAGCCCGACACUGCUGUGUCCACAGCUAGCUUCAUGACAGCCUGGGAGUUUCCUCAAGGCGAAGAUUCGGUUGAGACACCAACAACGCCCAAGGCGCUCCAGUUUAAGGAGCCCGAGUACAUCCAUAUUCCUUGGGACCACAACACUGACAUUGCUCCCGAUCUUAUGAAUCUGUGCAACGUUAUUGCUGAUCGGACCAAGGCUGGCAAGCGUGUGCUUAUCCACUGUCAACAGGGUGCUAGCCGAUCUGCCAGUUUGAUUAUUGCCUACGGACUGUUCCAGAAGCCCGAACUUACUGUCAACGAUGCCUACUAUGCUGCCCAAGCCAAGAGUCAAUGGAUCAGCCCUAACAUGAAGCUCAUGUAUUCACUACAGGACUUUCAGAAGGAAGUGUCAACAAAGCGCACGGCCCAGCCGUCCAACCGCCCUAGACCUGGUCGCAAACCUUCCAAGCACAGAUUGACAUUGUCCGCCAACGCCAUCGACAUUGGGCCUAAGGAACCUCAAACUGCGCCUCUUCCAACCCAGGGUGAGGAUGUCAAGGACUCGAACCUCAGCUCUAGUCCCACUAGGCUACGGGGCAACUCGACACCUGGCCCUCGACCAGUUUCACCAGGCCCGGCUUCUGCUCCACCCACAUGUACAUGGAAGGAUGAGAUCGAGCAACGGCCAUCCGAUAAACUGAACCCUUUUAAAUUGGGCGAUCUACCAAAGAGACCUGUCUCAAAUCACGGCGAGGCGCCGCUGCCCACAUUGGCGCUACCUACAUUGGCACCUCCGACUUUGGCUCCAUCACCUAUGAUGGAUUCGACCAUGAAGCCGCCUCCUUCUCCCGGAUUUCCCUCUCAGGCAAGCUUUGGCUUCCAGAGUAUGACCUUCCCAAGGUUCAAUCCCGCACCGCCCGAGAUGAAGUUCAACGACAGCCCAUUUCAGAGGACGAUAGCUCUUCCUGGCUCAUUUCCAGAUGAUGAUGCCUUGUUAUCACCCAGGGCCGAGACAAUGACCAACAACCCGCUUCACGAUGUGCAUGAAGUUGCCGGUAUGCGAUUUGUGGAAAGCCCCCCGACUCCGAGUCAGGGUUUGUUCUCUCCCCGAGCCGGCAUGUUUCCUCGCGACCCUUUCUCAACAUUUGGGAGACCACCAGUUGUUGCAGACCCAAGGAGUCCACCUACCAAGGGCGAGGCACCUAUAAUUCGAUCAAUCGAUGAUCUCUUAUGA